AUGGACUGGCAGCAAGUGAUCUUGAUCCUUACCAAGUAUUACCAUACUGACAUGGGGAAAGUGCUGGAGAGCUCUUUGUGGAGGUCCUCAGAUUUUGGGACGUUGUACACAAAGUUGAAUCUACAGCCUGGGAUUUCCACAGUUAUUGACAAUUUCUACAUCUGUCCCACCAACAAAAAAAAGAUUAUUCUUGUAAGUUCUUCCCAUAAUGACCGUGACCAAAGCCUUUUCAUAAGCACGGAUGAAGGAGCCACUUUCCAGAAACAACCCAUUACUUUCUUUGUGGAAACUCUCCUUUUUCACCCAAAAGAAGAAGAUAAAGUACUUGCUUACACCAAGGAAGGCAAGGUUUAUGUAUCCAUUGACUUGGGGAAAAAAUGGAUCCUUCUGCAGGAACGAGUUUCAAAAGAUCAUAUUUUUUGGGCCGUUGCUGGAGUUGAUGGAGACCCUGAUUUAGUUCAUAUGGAAAUCCAGGACCCCAGUGGAGGUUAUCGUUACAUCACUUGCCAGAUUCAAAAUUGUUCUGAUAAGACAAUGACAGUCCAGUUUGCUGGUGGCACUGAUCGGGAUUCCCUCACUGUGCAGGAUGACUACAUAUUUCUUCAGACAACAUCAGCAAAUCGAACCAAGUAUUAUGUGUCUUACCGUCGCAAUGGCUUUGUACAGAUGAAGUUGCCAAAAUAUGCAUUGCCAAAAGAUUUACAGAUAAUCAGUACAGAUGAAAACCAGGUGUUUGUGGCUGUUCAGGAGUGGUACCAGACAGACACGUACAACCUGUACCAGUCUGACCCGCAAGGUGUUUACUACUCUAUCCUGCUGGAGAACGUCCGGAGCACAAAGCAGCCAGAAGAAAAUGUCCUGAUAGAUAUUCUGGAGGUCAGAGGUGUAAAAGGAGUCUUUCUGGCCAACCAGAAAAUUGAUGGGAAAGUUACAACUCUGAUAACCUACAACAAAGGCCGUGACUGGGAUUUUCUAAACCCUCCAGACAUUGAUAUGAAUGGCAAACCGACAAACUGCAAACCUCCUGAUUGCUACCUUCACCUCCAUCUCCGCUGGGCAGACAAUCCCUAUGUGUCAGGAACAGUCCAUACGAAGGACACUGCACCGGGGCUCAUAAUGGGGGCAGGUAACCUGGGGUCCCAGCUGGUUGAGUAUAAAGAAGAAAUGUACAUAACGUCUGACUGUGGGAACACGUGGCGUCAGGUCUUUGAAGAAGAGCAUCACAUCUUGUACCUGGACCAUGGUGGAGUUAUUGUGGCCAUCAAAGACACCUCUAUCCCUCUGAAAAUACUCAAGUUCAGCAUAGAUGAAGGCCAGACCUGGAGUACGCAUAAUUUUACCAGCACUUCAGUCUUUGUAGAUGGAUUACUUAGUGAACCUGGAGAUGAGACACUGGUCAUGACAGUCUUUGGACAUAUUAGCUACCGUUCAGACUGGGAACUGGUGAAGGUGGACUUCAGACCAUCCUUCCCCAGGGAGUGUUCUGAUGAUGACUAUGAAUCUUGGGAGCUCACAAAUCUACAGGGUGAUCGUUGCAUCAUGGGCCAGCAGCGGAGCUUUCGGAAAAGGAAGAUUUCAUCGUGGUGCAUUAAAGGGAGAAGUUUCACAUCAGCUCUUACAUCCACAGUUUGUGAAUGUGUGAACUCUGAUUUCUUAUGUGAUUAUGGCUUUGAGCGCUCUGCACCUCUGAAGUCGGAGUCUAGCAAAUGCUUUGCUGACUUUUGGUUUAACCCAGAAGCACCUCCUGAAGACUGCGUGCUGGGGCAGGCAUACACCAGCAGCACUGGGUACAGGAAAGUUGUUUCUAAUGUGUGUGAAGGUGGUGUAGACCUGCAGCAGAACUUAGCACAGCACAUGUGUCCACUGAUUGCUCCCAAGGGACUUCAGAUCAGCAUCAGAGAAGCAAGCCUGGCUGUUAAGCCUGGGGAAGACAUCACCUUCAUUGUCAGACAAGAGCAGGGUGAUGUAUUGAAUACCAAAUACCAGGUAGAUCUUGGAGAUGGCUUUAAGGCGAUAUAUGUGAACCUUACAAUGACUGGAGAACCCAUCCGUCACCGCUAUGAGAAUCCUGGGAUUUACCGCGUCUCGGUGAAGGCUGAGAAUGUGGCUGGGCAUGACGAGGCUGUGGUGUUCGUCCAAGUCAACUCUCCACUACAGGCUUUAAAUUUAGAAGUGGUUCCAGUUGUGGGGAGGAACCAGGAGGUGAACCUGACAGCCAUCAUACUGCCUAAGAACCCCAAUUUGACAGUCUUCUACUGGUGGAUAGGAAACAAUCUUCAGCCACUCCUUACAUUGGAGAGUUUUCUGGUGACAAAGUUUACUGAGACUGGUGAUGUCAGAGUUACAGUGCAGGCUUCCUGUGGGAGCUCCAUGCUUCAGGACUCAAAAGUUGUCCACGUUUUUGAUCAUUUUCAUGUUCUUCCUCUGAAGUUUACUAAGCAUCUGGACAUAUACAACCCUGACAUACCGGAGUGGAGGGAAGACAUAGGGCGGGUAGUAACACGACUUCUUGCAAAGGAAACCAAUAUACCCAAAGAAACACUCAUGACAGUCGUGAAACCUGGUCUGCCCACAACUGCUGACUUGCAUGUGCUACUACCAGUAAACCAACCAAAAAGGAAGAGAAGUGUAACUAGUGAUAAGAGAAUAGCAGCUAUAAAGCAGGCCUUGAAUGCACACAACAUCAGUUUCUUUCUGAGGGGAGGAUUCUGGAUCUUAGUGACUUUAGCUGACUCCAGUUCAGACUCUGAGAGGAUUGGAGGUGGCAGUGGUUACUGGGCUAUUGUGGUCCUCUUUGUUAUCUGUCUAGUCGCAGUUGGGGCUUUCAUCCUCUACAAGUUCAAAAGGAAACUGCCAGGCAGAAAUGUCUAUGCCCAGAUGCACAACGAAAAAGAGCAGGAGAUGACAAGCCCUGUUAAUCAUAGUGAGGACACCCAGAACAUCAUCCAGGGUGAGGAGUUUAUUGAUGAUGAUCUGGACUCUCAAACACUAGGUAACGCAAGAGUGACUCCUUCUGGGAGAAGUGGCAACUUGAACAGCUACAGAGUUCCCCUAUUGCUGAUGCCGGUCAGUGUCCAGUCCCAGGCAAUCACUCAGGCGUGGUUUUGA